AUGCCAACUACCAGAGCAAUCAAUAGCGGUACUUAUGGAAAAGUUUCUCGUGCAAAACUGAAAGCAUUUGUUAUUGUUGAACUAAGAUGUAGUGCUCUAUUUGAGCGCCGAAUAACUUCCAAUUAG